UUGUUAUACGAUGACCAAAGACUAUCAAAAGCUAUAGACCCUUGUCUUGUUAUACGAUGACCAAAGAAUAUUAGCCGGCCCUCAUUCGGGCUUAUUCGCGUUCGAAGGCCGAGGUGCGCUGGGGCGAGGGUGCGGCGAUCCAAUGAAUUCCAAAUAUUCGAAAACAAAACAUUUCCGAAUAUCCCCGAAUGACAGCCGGCUAACAGGCUAAAAGAAUAUUAAAAGCAAAAUAGACCCUUGUCUUGUAAUGCUAUAGCCCAAGAAUGUCAAAAGCUAAAGACCCUUGUCUUAUUGUACGAUAACCAAAGAAUAUCAAACUGCGCACGAUAUUGCUCUAAAACAAUAACAAAUUCAGAUUGUAUUUUCUGUCGAACAUCCGUCUUUUAGAUAUUACGACCCACCAAUGCUAAAGUGAAUACCAAAAAAGAAAAUACAUGCAUAGAAACUAAUUUCCUACUAUCGUGUCACUUUUUACUGCAAUAAAGGAAAAGCCUUUAGUAUCCUGCCCAAUGUACUGUCUGGCGCUCCCUGGAUGAGCGAUUAUUUGGGUUCGCCAAAAGAAACCCCAAAACACGCUGAGAGACGCCCGCGAGAAGAGGCUACAUUAGGAGUAGCGAUGGGUAAAUCUGAGACCUGCGUUUCAUAAUCCGAUGCCGAGACUUUUGUCAAAUUUUGGAAUCCGAGCCGCCCGAGCUUUUCACGUCUAUUAAAAACCGAGCCCGAGCUGCCAUUUGUUAAAACUGCAAAGACGAGACUCGAUGAUGGAAUCGUUCUUGUUAGAGAAAUCGGCUCGGCCACCUUAGAGAAUCACAACACAAACGGAACGUCACAUAUUUCAUUCUAUGUCGUGAGUCUGAUUGGCUUACAUAUCAGGCUAGUCCCGAGCAUGCGCAGAUCGCGUUUAAAAAUCUGGGACUCCGAGGCCGCGGUAGAAAGAAAACGAGACCCCGAGACCAAUAAAAUUUUGAAAGAUCGAGACUUGCGUAAAAAACGCCGAGAUUCCGAGACUUUGCGAACUUUUUUGAAAUUUCGAGGUACCCUUCGCUACCCCUUACAUUGCUCGAACCUCGCGAGGACAUGAAGGUGUGAGUGAUUAGGUAUGGAUGAUCGAGAACGUAUGCUAAUCUGCGCAGCCUUAGUCAUACAGUGUGGUCAAGCGUCAAUCGUUUGACAUCUUGAACAAAAGCAUUCAAAUAGUAUGCAAUCACGAUAAAGGGUUCACGAAUGCUAGGAAUACCUUAUGACAAUUAACUGAGUGUUAUAACUGUGUGUUAAACGGUGUAACGACUAGAAUAUACGGAUACUACGGAUACACCAAAAAGGUUGUUCUCAAAGUGCUUAGUACCAGGGAGCGGUAGCCGGGGGAGAGAAUUUGUACAAUUUCUUACUGAUCAGGACACAAACUGUGGAGGUUGAUAUGUGCUUGGAAGAAUUCAAACUCUCUAAGAUAAAGCCGUGCGACGAGGAGGCAUGCUGUUGCGCGGAAUCGCCGUGGUUUCCAUGGCCCGUCAUGCUGGUCUUUCGUUUCCUUGUAGCAGCCUAUAACACCGGCUGGCUUAUUUACAGCGGAUUCCACGAGGCCAACGGCAAAACCAAGUGGUUCAUUUACUUGACCAACUGGGGUUACCUCCUAGAAACCGUGUACUUCAUCUACGCAUCGGCGGUAACUCUGUGGUUCCAUAUACGUGAGAAAAAGAACAAAGUUAGCAAAAACGAGAAAGACGUGGAAAUGGAUGCGAAAAAAGAUCAAAUCCAGAAGAACGAGGACCAAUCGGACUUCAACUUCUCUGAUCUAAUGAGAUACCACCACUCGCUUAUGUGGAUUUUGUUCAACAUUGCUGCCGACACUGCCGUGCUAAUUUCCAUAAUAUACUGGGGCUGGAUGGUUGGACCAAUCGACGGACUUGAUGUCAGUACGCAUGCGCUGAACACCGUCUUCAUGAUCUUGGAGCUUGUGCUGAGCAAGUUACCCAUUCGCCUUCUGCACUGUAUCUACCCACUCGUGUUCGGCCUGUGUUACAUGAUAUUCACCGUGGUGUAUUGGGCUGCAGGAGGCACUAAUGCUAACAACAAGCCGUAUAUCUACAGUAUCGUGGACUAUAAGGACAGCCCUGGUAUGGCUGUGGGGAUUCUCCUCGGGGCUUUGCUUGUCUUGUUACCUAUCGUGCAUUCCGUGUUCUUUGGUGUGUACAAGCUGCGUUGCUAUUUGUCCGAGAGAUCGUGCGGAAAGACCAAUGCGUAGUAUGCAUUUAAGUGAUUGCUUUACAUGGGAUGUGUAUAAUCGUAUUGUUUUAAAGCGUUGUGAUUUGCUGGCAGAUUUUAAAGCUAAAGGAAUGUAUUACUCAUAAUAACAGAAUCUAUACCAUAUCCAUGUAUCCUAGUAAAAAUGAGACCAUGUGUCCGAGUAAAAAAUGAGACCAUGUCACCGAGUAAAAA